AUGAGGACUAUUCAGAUUUUGCCCAUUGUGUGCUUGUUGAGCACCACCGUCGUAGGCCAGAUGGAUGAUAACAUGGGCCCGGCUGCCUUUCUAUGGCCUUCCGAUAGAGCCUUUUCAGAAGCUAAUGACAAUACUGCACCAUGCGGGUCAGCCGCUGGUGUGUCGAAUCGAAUGGAUUUUCCAAUGAGCAACGGUGCGGUUGCUAUUGUUUUACAAGACGAGUCUUAUAAUAUAAAUUUAGCCGUCUCUUAUGAUAGCAAUCCAACCAGCGUCGACAACUUCACCACUCUCGUCUCCUCCAAGAGCUUUCCGGAGCUCGAUGCUGGUCACGAAUGCUACUCAGUUCCCAAUGCGCCCUCGAGCGUGUCUUCAGGCUCCAACGCGACAUUGCAGCUGAGCUACAUUUCCGAAGGCGAAACUGAUACCAACAAAACUUACUAUGUCUGCGCGGACAUCACUUAUGUGCCAUUAACAGACUUUACGACGGACAUUCCGUGCUUCAAUGUUUCCAUUGACAAUCCCACUGCAGUGACAAGUUCUCUAGCAGCUGGUGCGACGGCUACAUCUACCAGCUCUGCUUCAUCGUCGCCUUCGUCAUCAUCAACAGGUGAUGGUGGAAGUAAACUCUCUGGAGGUGCAAUUGCCGGUAUCGUGGUGGGAUCGGUAGUCGGCGGUUCUCUCAUCCUGGUUGCGUUGGCCUUCUUGUGGCGGCGCAGCCAGCAGAAAGCACGGCGAGACAAGAACGUUGCGUUGAAAAUGAAUGAGCUCACAAGUGUGCAUCGGUCGGAUCAUUCUGGAGAGAGGAAUUAA